AGGAGCAAAGACGUAGAAGUGGCGCAGUGAGCGCUUCCAGGGAGCAUGACGGGCUGGUGUGACAGCAGCAGAGGGAUGGGAGGCAGCCCGGCUCCGCGCCCGUCACUGUGAGGGAGGCUCUCCGGCGCACAGCUUCUCACCACACACUCUUCUCCUGGGACCUGAGGAUGGCGGAGGCAGAGCUGCACAGGGAGCGCCUGCAAGCCAUAGCGGAAAAAAGAAAACGCCAGGCUGCAAUUGAGGACAAAAGACAACAGCUUGAAGACCAAAUUCUCCAACUGCAGCACCUAAAGUCCAAAUCACUCAGAGAGAAAUGGCUUAUGCAAGGAGCACCGGCUGGCUCAGUGGAAGAGGAAGAGGCUAAAAAGAGACAAUGUGAGGAGGAUGAAGAGAAGUUAAAGUUAUUUGAAGAAAAUGUCCAAAGAUUGGCGCAGGACAUUGAGAAACUAGAAAGUGAAGAAUCACUAAUAUCUGCCAAAGAACAAGUACUGAGAGAGAAACUAAAAGAAACAGAAAUUUCCUUUGUAGAUUUGCAAAAGAGCUUGUCAAAUCAGCAGAAAGCAGAUGCAGUAAACUAUAUCUACUCCCAGAUCCCUGACAUCACAAAACUCUACUCGAAUCAACCGGAAACAAGGACACCUGAAAUAAAGAAUAAAGACCUGGAAGAAUUUGAAGAAAAAGAAGAGGGCAGCUUGCAAAUGACUAAGCAAAGCAUUGUAAGAGAGAAAAGCGCCAUGAUCGCUGUGUGGAUGCUUUGGUCUCUACUCAAGAGACCACAGAUCCCAGAGGAUGAACUUAAGCUGAAGAAGGAUAAAGAUCAAAACAGUGCCAAUUAUUCACAACCUAUAAAUAUCAUUCUAACCAAUACUGAAACUAUGGAGUUGGAGGUCCAGGCCACAGAGCAUAAAGGAGUUGUGUUAAUUACCCCAGAUGUUGUAACAGACAAUCAAAAUGUUCUACUGUCUACACCAACAAACCAGAAUGGACUUAAAGGCAGACAUGAAUCAUUAGAUAGCGACGUUGCAAAAGAGAUAAGAUAUUUAGAUGAAGUUCUGGAAGCCAGCUGUUGUGAUACUGCAACAGAUAACUCUUUCAAUGGAUCCCUUUCUUCUGAAUCAACAGUUCAUGCUUCUACGAUAAUUGUGGAUGGCUCAGGUCCUUGUGUCAGUGUUACAAAUGAAUGUACCACUCCUGAAAUGGAUAUAAUAGCAGUGGACCGUAGACCCCUGCCAGUUGUGGAAUUAAGUGAAUCUAUGGAGAACAUGGAACCAAUUAAAAUUAAUGGUUACUCCAAAGGGGAAUUGAAAGAUGAUCACACUGAUGUAUUUACAUAUCCAGCUAGCCCAAAUUCUUCAAACAGUUCACGGAGGUCAUCUAGGGAUGGUGACAAUCUACCAAAGGUUAUUAAAAAGGAAGCAAAGUUUGAGCUUCGAGCAUUCCAUGAGGAAAAAAAGCCAUCAAAAUUAUUUGAAGAUCUAAAUGAGAAGGAACACUACAGAGUUAAGAAAGUAAGGCCUUCAGAGGAAGUUAUUGAACUAGAAAAGGAAAGAAUUGAACUGAUCAAAAGUCAAGCUGUGAAAAAGAAUCCCAGCAUUGCAACCAAGUGGUGGAACCCACCACAGGAAAAAACCAUAGAGGAACAACUAGAUUCUGAGCAUCUGGAAUCACAUCUGAAAUAUAAAGAGAGGAAACAAAAACAGCAACAAGGAACAUCUCCGCCAGCUUUUAAAAGUAACCCUCCGACAUUUGUACCUACAGAGACAAUUUCUGUCAACAAGGAAGACAUUGUUACUGAGCAAAUAGACUUCUCAGCUGCAAGGAAACAGUUUUUGAACAUAGAAAAUGCAAGCCAGACUAAUAUAAAAGGACCACCAAAAAGAUCUGUUGCACCAAAUCUUUUUUCAGUGAAGCCAUUCUAUAAAGUGAACCAAACCAAUAAACCUCAGUCAUCUGUCAUUGUGACUAGCGCAUCAAGUUCAUCUGUUGAAAUGGUCAGACCUGAUGAGAUUUCAUUGGUGAAAGUGGAAAAAGUGGACAGCACUUCUGAGGACCAAUCAUCAGCAGAGCAAUCUAGGAAAAAGUCAUCAGCAGAAGACCCUGAUUUUGAAAAUGCCACAACAACAUUUACAAUAGUAAAAGAUGAUGACAUUGAUAUUUCAGACCGUUUUGUAAAGUCAGUGACUGUAUCUUCUCUGCCAGAGGAGCUGGACUCCGGUUUAGAUGAUUUGUCCAUUAAAUCUCAGGACACUACAGUCAUGGAAACACUUUCAAAUGAUUUUAGUAUGGACAACAUCAGUGACAGCGGGGCAUCAAAUGAAACUAUUAAUACCCUACAUGACCAUUCACUAGGAGAAUUUUCACAACCCCAAACACCCCUUAAGGACACCCUAUCUGAUUACUCAAUAGAAGGGGUCUCCAAAUCAUUUAGUGAUCAAGGUUUUUAUUCUCCAUCAUCCAUGCUGAAUGACUCUGUUGUUUCAGAUGAUCAAUUGGAAUACCAAGCUGGUAUAUUUGUACAUAAUGUAAUCCAGCAAGCUCUUGCUGAAAAAGUAGGCUUGGCAGACUGUGGAAAACAAGAUUGCUUGAUAGAGAAGAUUGAUGAAGCCAAAGAGAUGUCAGAAGGACAAAAAGUGAUAGUAAGUGAUACUAUAAGACCACUAAGCCCGGAGAGGAAGGAUGACAAUUUAUUUGAGCCACCUCAGGUUUCUUCACCAGUGCAAGACACAGGAGUUACAGUGACACCAAAGAUUCCAGAGCAACUUAAAACCCAUCAAGUUAAAGCUUUAGAACCUUUACCUAUUCCACCUGUAAUGGAUGAAGAUCCUAUUGAAGAAAACAAGCAUGAAAGUUACUUCAGCAAGUACUCCCAAGCUGCUGAACUAAGAAGCACUGCUUCCAUCUUGGCAACACAAGAACCUGAGAUAACAGUAGGACCUUUUAAAUUGAGAUCAAAGAAGCAGAGAACACUGUCAAUGAUUGAAGAGGAGAUACGAGCUGCACAAGAAAGAGAACAUGAAUUGAAAAAGCAGAGACAGAGACAAAGCUUGCAAGGUCCACCAAGUCCAUCAAGCAAAAAUGCCCCUGUAGUGUCAACAAGAACAGCAUCCUACAAAACUGCACCAGGUAAAAUAGAGAAAGUCAAAUCGUCACCUUCGCUGAAAGUAGAAAGCUUCCCUGAACAAAGUGAUCCACAGCUCGAAGAUGCCACAGGAUCCCAACGUCCUAAAACUCUCAUGCAAACACUCAUGGACGAUUAUGAGAGCCAUAAAAGUAAGAGACGUGACCGAGUGGAUGAUUCUAGUUACACCUGUAAAUUACUGUCUUACAGAGUGACUACUGAGGUCCUUGAGGCAGUAAGAGUGGGUCGCAGGAAGAGCGCACUGGCACUACGUUGGGAAGCAGGGAUAUAUGCCAACCGUGACGAGGAUGAAUAAGAACACUUUCAUGGAAAAUAUACAAACCAAAAAAUGAAUCAUUUAACCAUAUAUUUAUUGAGAAAUAAGCAGCCUCUGCAAUCCAUAUAGAGACAAUGAAGACCGCAUUUAUGAGACAGACUAAUAGACAUGCUUGAACUGAUGCGCACUGGCAGCCAUGUAAGGGUUGGACUCUGAAGACAAGGAAAGAAAGGUGACCCCACGCAUGUGGGCUCAACUAGGACGACAUGCCAAGCCAAAAAUGCCAUGCAAUUGCUUUCUUCAUAAAUGCAGCUUUGAAUUACUUUUUGGCAUCAUAUACCCUCCUCUUACCAUAGCAUGUUGGGAGCACCACUGCCCGAAUGAAGGAGCACCUCUUUUGUGGGUCUACUCUGCAAAGUCAUGUACCUACAGGGUACAACCAACCAUCAUAAAACUGUCCAGCUCAGUCGCACUGUAUUAUUGCCUGUGGCUUCCUGCAGUACAUGGCCAUGAGAAGACGGCGAAAUGAAAGAAAAAUAACCUUGAACCAUAUUAAGAUAUAUAUUUCUGCUAAAUAAUCAAAUUAUUCCAUGAAGAUGGCCAAGUUAACCUGUAGAUAUAUGGGUGGACAACAGCCCUCACAGGAAAAUACGAAAGUGCACCAUUGGGAGGUUCAUAUUAAAAGCACAACAUUUAGCACAAACUGUGGGCAUGUUCACAUUUGUGGCUCUCAGGGAGGAAAGGUUUUUUUUUUUUUUUUUUAUGAAUAUAGCUUUACGCAAAGACGCACAUCAUCACCCUGGCCCCGUUACAUUAUCUAUCUAUUUAUCUAUCUCAUAUCUAUCUAUCUAUUUAUCUAUUCUCUCCCUCUCUCUCUAUAUAUAUAGACACACACACUAGUGUAUCUGCCCUAACACAUGCAGUUGCACAUUUUCAUUGGAUAAUUAGUGACAGCGCCACUUCUUGAGCAAAGCUUUUCAUUGAGUUACACAGCAAGUUAUUGUUAAUUUAAAGAACACAUUUCACUAAGUAUUUUAUUUUUAUUUUUUCAAACUCUUUGUAAAGCUUUCCCACUUGACCGGAUGAAAUUGAGGAUGUGAUUUGUGAUAAAUGUGUUUUAUUGAAAUACUACGGAAUGGUUGCAGGCACAUUUCAUGAGCUAUAAUAUUCUUUUCAUGUAUCUAUGAAUAAAACCAAACAACCAGCUGCUUGAGGGUGAGUUUUUCUGCUAUCAGGGUAAUGAUUAAUAGUGAUGAUACAUAGCUAGAGGUGGUCUUCCCAUUCUAGUGUACAUGUAAGACCUAUGAUAUCACCCGCUGUUUUAUUAACAGAUCUUUGUAGAAAGUGUUCACUUUUAAAAGCUAUGGACACCUUUGACAUGUAAAAAAUUAUUUUUACAUGUUAGUGGAUACCAUGAUAAAAAAAUAAAAAAGUUGCACUAAGUUUUAGGCUGCAAUCUUCAUUCAUUUUGUGACCCCCCCAAUAUUCAGUUUACAACCUGCUCCUAGUUUCAGACUUUUCCCAGUGAUACAUGCGGUUUAUAUUACACAGCCUAUGUGAUUCUUGCGUUUGCUUUCCAGCCUGUGUGAGCGGCCCAUCUCUGCACUGAUCUUCUCUGUUCAACCUCCUCCUCCUCCCUGCUGCUAUCUCUAGCACUGAGAGAAUAGAGGGGCACACAGAUUCAGCUGCCAGGAGCUGGUUUCUGGGGGAUUUAUGUCAGAUUCAGAAGUACAACCGGGUAGGUGAAGGACACUAGCUCUGCUAAAGUAAAAUGUUAGGAAAUAUUUAAAAAGACUGUCUAGCCUGUCCUCAAGAUAGGCCAUCAUUAGCUGAUCCCGUCGGGGGUGCAACAUCCCACACCACCACUGAUCAGCUAUUUAGAUGUAGCUCAGAUGCCAGAAUUCAGUGCUGAAACUACACAUUAACCAUCCCUGAGAAUAGGACAUUGCAUAGAAAAGCUGGACAACCCCUUUAAUGAAUACAUUUUAUUUAUAAAGUUGCUUAAUUUUGCAUUUAGCAAAAAAAAGUAACAGUUCAAUUAUUGCACAAUGACCAUAGUUUUUAAGGAACUUAAAAGAGUUUGUAAAAAGUUCUGUACAUCCGUUUCAGCGAAUAUAGGUUAUUAACACCUUCCAAUAUACUUUCUGUUAAUUCCUAAUGACUAUUAAGAUCUAUUUGUGCUAACAUACAACAGAUGCUUUCCUGUGGACAUAAAUCUGUCCAACACUCACAGCUCACUGAUCUAUUCAUACAUAUCUCAUAGGAGCCCUCUAGUGGAGAAACAUAGACAGCACGCAAAGGAUUUUGAUGCAAUUUGUGGUAUUUUGAUUACUGAAUGUACAAUAUUCACCGCACUUGAGCAAUGUUUCAGGGUGGAUUGUCACCCAUCUUCAGGGAGAUGCAGCUGAAAGGAGGCUUGUAAAGGGGGUGAUCCAUGAGAACUUGAUACAGGAAGGAAAUUGGGAAGUUAGAUACCCAUUGAAUAAUAUUUACUUAGUAAAUCUGAAAUACCCCUUUAGGUUUGAGGUCUGAGAAAUAAUAUUCAAACUUAGAAUCCAGACAAGCAGAUUCCUGUCUGUAUGACCUUUGGGACAAGUUUUCCCUCCUUGUGAAUGUGGUUGCUGUGGAGGAGGGCAUCCUGCACAUGUUCUUCAGACCUAGUAGCAAGGGGCACAGGACCAACCAUCUCUCCAAGGACCCAAUAGCGUGGUCUGCCACUGUGGUAUGUAUUGUACAUACGUGUAGAAAACCCCCCAGGACAUGUUCAUGUUGUUGUUUUUUGCAGUUUCCAGGAGAGAUAUAAUGAAUCUAAUUUCUGUGUUUGAUUUUAGAUUUUUGUAUUAUACAGUUGUGAUAUCCUUUAUUAUGCAGUGUUAAUGGGAUGGAUAAAGCAACAUUUAUUUUAUAGACACAAUACAUGGUUGGCAGAAAGAAUUAGCCUAAAUAUUAGGUAAUGGGAUUAUGUACUAAAUGGUAUUAUCUUCUGAAAUAUGUCCACUAGCUAUAAGAAACUGGAAGACUGUGGGGAAAUUCCCAUUAAUAAGUUGUAGACUAUCUAUAGCAGUGAUGCCCAACCUGCGGCUCUCCAGCUGUUGCAAAACUACAACUCCCCCCAUGCCCUGCUGUAGGCUAAGAGCUGUAGCCUGUCCAGACAUGCUGGGAGUUUUGCAACAGCUGGAGGGCCGCAGGUUGGGCAUCCCUGAUCUAUAGUCUUCAUCCCAUUUGUGUAUUCAGGGGGCUUCUGCUUACAGCUGGAAUUCUUUAUCUUAAGAACGUAUAUUGGGAAUUGCAUAAGAUGUCAAAUGUAAAGCUUAUGGUCACUUUUUUAGAUAUACACUGCAUGGGUAUUUUAGGUAGUCUUCCAGGAUUAGAAAAAUCUGCUUUUUCCAGAACCAUUACUACUAUUGUCUAUGGGCUGUGUCUGAUAUUGCAGCUCAUUCCCAUACGAGCCAACGGGGCUGAGCUGCAAUACCAGACACAGCACAUGGGACGAGUGAUGCUGUUUCUGGCCACCUUUCUAAUGCCCUUUGAAGUCUAGGUGCCUGCAAACCAGGGGCACACUUUAUGUUAUAAGAUAUAUGAGUGUAUUAUUAGGCACAGUAGGUCUGUGCAUAUGGCAGAUAGGGGUGAGAGGCAAUUGCAUAUAUUUUAGUACUGUCUAAUGACUUUUGGAUCACUAGUGGAUGGGAGUCCAAAGUGACAUAUCUAUAGACUGGUGUGACUCAGGCCCCAAGAUACUGUGAGACCUUCCUGAAUUGGCACUCUUACCAUAAGCAUCUACUAGUCCAAAGAAUCCCCAUGGGAUUGGGUAUGCCAAACAGACUUUUCUUAAACAUUUCCCUUAUGAAAGAUUGCAUGCCUAAUAAUUAUAGUAAACGUAUCAAUCUAUUGGGCAUAAAUGGUCUCAUGAAAUUAUCCCAUAUGAUGUCAGUGUUAAGCUGGCUAUACACAGUAGAUCAAUGUCAGCCUGACAUUUGGUGGGACUGACCAAAAAUCAACUGUAUUUGGCUGUUUCUCAACAUUUCCCAAACAGUGGAUGUCAGGGGAAUAAGGAUCAGGCUGUUGGAUUUAGACAUGCCUAUUCAUUAUUUUAUCAAGGGUGCUAAGCCACCAGACGUGUCUGGCAGCAGAUUGCUCCCCAGACAUGCUCGGUUGGCCGAGCUGAGCCUGCAUGUGCAUGAGAGGAAUAUCUGUAGGCCAAACGUCUAUCUAAAGUGUAUGGGAAGCUUUAGGAUGAGUGGUACCACAACAUUCCUGCUUCGUUGGAUUUUUUUGGUAGUGGUCACCAGUGGUCAGUGGGGUUGUACUAUGUAAGUGCCAUGAAUUCUUCAAAGGCAUCUGUCAUCUGUACAAAGUGUCUUUGGCUUCAGCUUAUUUCAGGAGAUGGUUCAGUGUUUAUCAUAUGCUGCCAAUCAUUUAUUUAGGAACCAGUGACAUGACUGAAGUGUUCAGUGAUAGGAUGGGCUAUUGUGUAUAUCUGAGACGUCUGCCUUUGCUGUGCGCAGGAAAUAUACACUUGAAAUGUUCUCCUGUAGCUCAGUACUUGGGGGUUACCUGACAAAUGUUUCCAUAUUUGCACAAGCCGCACAUUUAGCAAUGAUUUUAUUUAUCUUGUGCUAUAUAAUCAGAUUGUUAUACCUGUCUCUUAAAUCAAUAUGGUGGUUACUAUAAGAUUUUUUUUGUGUAAAGGUGUUUCUUAUGCAUCUAUCGUAUGCAUAUUUAUACUUUUUUUUUGUACAAAUAAGGCUUCACAGUGAAUCCAUUACUAUAUAUAAAAGUAAUGCCUGUCUGAGUAAGGAGAACUUGAUUACAAUUUUUAUGACCUUCGUCUAAGUAGGCAUAAACCCUAAUAAGAGGCUUUUCACAUUUAGUUUUUGCUGUAUGUCAAGCGGAUGUUUGUAAACCCCCCCAAAAAAUGUAAAGAAACGUAUGGCUUGAUAUACCCAUAAACUAUAAUUGGGCAAAGAUAGUACAUACUUUUGUCUUGGUUUGUCAUUUUUUACGUUUCUGUAUGGGUUUUUUUCCGGGGCAGAUUAGCAUAACAUGCCACACUUUUCUAUCCUGGAAAAAAAAACGGAUAGAAACAUAUGCGUUUCUUUACAUUGCAAUGAAUGGGAGACGGAUGGAAACAUAAUAUAAUACAUUUCCAUCCAUUAAACAUAUUAAUUUUUUUUUCAGGUAAUGCCUUUGAAUCUUUCAUUUAAAAAAGGAAGGUUUCACAAAACUGUAUAUGUUUUUUGUUACAAAAAACAGACACAAAUGUACAGGGGCGGACUGGCCAUAGACCCUACAGGGAAAUUUCCAGGUGGGCCGGUACCCAGAGGGCGACUACCUCCUCUUGGCCAAAAGCCAGGUACAUAAAGACCUUGAUGCUCUUAAUUAAUUUAGGCAGUAUUUUCUUCUUCACUCUGGUAUCUUGGGCUACUUUUAGUUUUUUUCCAGGGCCACUUUAAGUUCCUAGACUGCCCCUGCGAAUGUAUGGAAACAUAUGCGCAUCUGUCAAACGUAUAGGUUAAAAAAAAGGAUAGAUGUGUACGUUUUUUUUUACUGUAUGUCUAAAUGCAUCUGCCUGAUGUACAGCAAAAACGAGAUGUGAACAGCCCCUUAAUCUGCCAUUUAGGUUCUAUGUGCUGAAUGUUUAAAGUUUAACUGUCGUUUCAUUUUUUUAUUUUUUUAUGCGUAAGGCAAGUGAUUCUAAUUUUUGCAAUAUAAUUUAUUGAUUUUGUUUUUUCAUGACAAAACUGACCCUGAAGUAAUCUUUUUGGGAGUAAGUUGCCAUAGAGAUCCUCUCUUCAGUGUUCAGCGCAGCGCAGUACUGAAGAGUAAAGACGUCCUUGCUCACUGCUGCUGCCUUUACUGCCUCCCUAACAUAUAUAUAUAUAUAUAUAUACUGCCCUCUCUUGCUGAUAUCAGUACACUGUCAGUGUAAUCUGUAUGCCCGGCAUGCUGACUAAAGAGCCACCAAGAAAUGCAGGGAGUUGCAUCUCUCAGCAGCUAGUUAGUAUUUAUGGCCAGUUGUAGCGAUAUAUUAGGGAGGAGGUGAGGGCAGUAGCAGUGAGGCAGGAGCGUCUUCAUUUCGCUGUGAAGAUGGAUUAGGUCAGUGGCCUAACACAAUUGACUGGACCACACAUAAAAUUUUUGAACCUUCCCCAACCAGCAACUCCUUUGCAACCCCCAACUCACAUUCAAACCCCACGCCUGUGGCUAGUCAAGAUUGAGCUCUCAGAUAAGGACCGGUAGCCACUCCGUCCAUUUCCUACAGUGUCACUGUAUAUAAUGUCAUUGUAUAGUACUUUUGAGGGGGCCCUAACAAUAAAAUAUUUUAGUCUUCCUCCUGAGGGGACCCCAAAGCAGCUGCUUCCCCUAUAGCUAUGCCACUGGAUUAGGUAAAGCUUCAAAUACAUUUUAUUAUGAAAAAGUACAAAAUCAAUAAAGUAUAUUUCAAAAAUUAUUAGUAUCACUUGCCCUACACAUUUAAGAAAAAAAAGAAACAACUGUUACUCUUUAAGGCCAAAGUAGUGCUUUCCGUUUAUUUUAUCUUCCUGCUACACAUGUUCUUUUAUAUGCUAUAUAAAGAACAUAUGGGAGUGUUUGUAGUGCAAUGUAACGUGGGUGUAUUCAUUGGCCCCAGACAGAAUGUAAGGUGUUCAGCUGCUGCAUAAACACAUAUAGCAGUACUAUAUUGAUGUAUUAGUCCAAGGAAAAGGUAGAAAUCUGUUUCCCUUUCACUUAAUAGUUGUAUUUGUAAAAAUUAAAGACAAUGUAAAUUUUUAAAGACUCUUAAGGGGGUCAUUUAUGAAAAAAAUAUACGCCAUUUUUUGGCAUAUUAAAGGCGCAGAUUUUGUUGCAAGGGCAUUUAGCGGCAAAAUCUGCGCCUUUUUCCCUAUGUAUGCCACUUACGCUUCUUUUCUCAAGUUAAGACAAAAGGGGGCAUGGUGUGGUUGGGGAACAGGGAAGGCCAGCAGGCCCAUCUCAUUCCUAAUUUUUUACACAUGUUUUUCACAUAGAAAAUGACUUAAAUCUACUCCAUCAAGGGAGCUGGCGUAUAUUUAAUCUUGUUGAAUGCCGUCCGGAUCAUGCGCUAAAGUUAUGUACAGGCCGGCGCCUGUACAUAUACAUUGGCAGUUUUAGCCAAUCUGGCAGCUAUAGCAGAAAGGUUCUAAUAAAAAGGGGAUUAUGCUCUGGCUGGACUGACUCUAUAAUGUAUCAAUUUGAAAAAGCAGCUAUCAUGAUAAUCCCAAUGCCUUAUUUAACAGGUAGAAAUUGGUCUUUUUGUUAGCCUGAAAUUUACAGUGAUGGCUAACCAUCUUGGGAUUCGUAGUUCCUGAGGUUAGCCAUCACAGCACUAGACUGCUAACAUCGUAUGCUUGAUAGUAAUGGUCAUAUACGUUAUUGAGUUGAAGUUACAUUAUUUUAAUAAGCUCCCUAGAAAAGUUAAGCACAACGGCCAAUAACCCACAGGAACCAGAUGUAUUUGUAUGGGAUUGUAUGGUUUACAAUGAUGAACCCUCUUAGAAAGUUCUCUGGUUUUCAGCAACAGUAACUCAUUACACAAGUAAAAACCACCACAGUGUAUUUCCUAUGUUAUAAAUAAGACACAUUUUACACUAUGGAUAUAUCUUUUAAAUAUAAAAUGGACCACUGCUGCAGAAUUAAUACAUCUUCACACAUUUUGGUUUAUAGCAUUAUAUUUUAGCAAAAAAAUGAGCACAUAGUUUGAAAAAGUUCCUUUAGAUUGUAAAUGAGAUCUGUCACAGGGCAAUUUACAGAAAGCUGCUAAAAACUCCUUGUGGCUCUCUGUUUUUAUAGUGUGAUAUAUAAAUGUAAUGGUGGCUGUGUUUUAAUGGCAGACAUUCAUAUUGUAUUUAGCUUUAUAUAUAUAUGUGUGUUAACCACUUACAUGCUAUUCUGCUUUUGUUUAUAGUGUUUGUGAAGCAUAUAAGUAUAUAAUUAUUUUCUCAUUAAAACGCAAACUGGA